AUGGCCAGCCAAGUCCAGCAAACGCAGGAUGUCUCGGUCCAAAUAGGUAACUUGCAGGUCCAGGGGUUCGUCAACAAAGCCCACAAAGUUGCAAAUUUCCUGGGAAUUCAGUAUGCGACCAUUCCGGCAAGAUUCCGCCAGUCCAAGCUCAUCAACCUCUCAGAGAAGAGUGGUGUUCUCGACGCAACUCGCUACGGACCCAGAUGUCCUCAGAACACGGUGAACCGAUCGGAGACGGCGCACCUGUACGAGGGUGUGCGACGCAGCUCCGAGUAUCCGUUGGACGAGUUUGGGUGUUUGAGGCUCAACAUCUAUGUUCCCGAAGGCAACCAGGGUCCUUUACCCGUACUGGUGUGGAUUCACGGCGGAGGCUUUAUCUUUGGAGAUGGCAAUUCUGAAUAUGAUGGAAACUAUCUUGUGAAGCACGCCUUGGAAAAAGGGAAACCCAUUAUCUUCGUGGCCAUGAAUUAUCGACUGGGAUUCUUUGGAUUCCUGACCUCAAAGGAGCUGAGAGCAGAAGCCUCCGCCGACGGCGAGACGCCAUUUUCUAACAUGGCAAUGCAUGACCAACGAGUCGCCCUUCUGUGGAUACAAAAGCACAUCCACCAUUUCGGCGGUGAUCCAUUCAAUACCUGCAUCGCGGGCGAAUCUGCGGGCGGGUGGUCGGUCCUCGCUCAUCUACGAUCAGACGUACCGGUUUGUCAGAGAGGUAUCAUACUGUCAAGUCCCAAUCUAGACUUUCCAGAGCCUGAAGAGGCUCAAGAGACUUUCGAUGAGCUUGUUGCCAGCACGGGUGUCUCGCCUUCUGCAUCCGCCGAGGAAAAACUUACGGCUUUGCGUAAUUUGGACUCGAUGGAGAUUGUGCGGAUGAUGGUACCUCGGUUGGCAACACCGCUCUGGGACGACAAAUGGUUUGUUUACCAAGAUGGCAACAGGCCUAUUGCAGGCCCUGCUCCCUUCGCGCCGUGGGUUAAGGAGAUCAUUGCCGGAUCUACCAAGCAUGAAGCAGCAUUGUUUGGCGUCACCCAAUGGCGAACUUGGUCCUCUCAGCAAUUUGUAGACCGUGUGAAAUCUUCAUUCUCAAACGCCGAGCUGGCCCGAGAACUGAUGAAUGCAUAUGGCAUCUCCGCAACGUCUCCUGCUGAGACGUGCCUCCAGGGUUUCAUUGAUAUGGCUACCGACAGCAUCUUCACUGGUUUGCCCUUCAUCAUCGCAGAAGAACCCUCCGUGUCCCCACCAAUUAGCCUCUACAGAUUCGACCAGGCGGACACAUUCAGCCAAAGCCCCCUCAACGGGUAUGCCUACCAUGCACUAGAUAACUCGUUCUUCUGCAGACUACCAGCCGUUGCCGGUCCGGAUGCCGACCCAGACGUGAAGGAAACUGCGGAUAGACUUUCUGCGGCGGCCAUUGAUUUUGCAUACGGAUUGCAACCGUGGGAGACCUACAGCUCUAAUCACGCGAUCAUGGUGUUCAACGGUAAGAAGAGCGGCAUAGCGAAGCUCAGUGAAAAGGACCGAUGGAGGCGGAUUACCAUGUCGGGCGACCUGGCCAGGGCGAAGGGGACGUGGAGGUCUGGAAACAAAUUGCUGGGCAUCCGCCAUAGUUCUAUGGAUCGAGAUCGAGCUUAA